UUUAUGUCGUAGAGGCGGUAGUAUGUUUACAAAUAAGUUGUGAGUAGUUCUUGACAGUGAAACGGAAGCAUUUAAUGCUAUAUACAAAGUAUAACAAGUGAUUUGAUGUUUUGGAUGUCAAAUAUUGCCAGAUCAGAGCGAUGACAAUGGAUGUCAAAGGAAAAGUUACACAGUUUUCAAUGAAUAACAAAGAUGAGAAGACGGAAGAGGUUGAUGAUGAUUGGCGGAACUGCCCAUCACCCGACUCUCCAAGAAAACCAGUAAAAUCAACAGCAGUUGUCAAGUAUACUACAGUGCAAGCACCAGCCAACUUUGCAAGACUCCAGUGCAAUACUAAUUUAAAUCUACCACCAUCCAAUUGGCUCAGUAGCUCUGCUGAAUCGUAUGGAUUACAGAAUGUUCCUUUUCACUCUUCUGGCUUCUCUAGUUUCUGCAUGGCUCAUAUGUUCCCAGAUUGUGUUGGAGAAGUGGAUGUUGUAUCAGACGCUGAAAAUAUAAAAAAUUUACUGAAGAUCCCAUACAGUAAAGGUCCAGUGAGCAUGAUGGUACAUCGAAUAGAAAAUACAUUGCUGAUAGAUGAAUUUGAUAUACACAAACAUCUUUUGCGGACAGCUGAAUCCGAGUGGAAAUGGCUGAAAAAGUUCUUCUAUGAACACGUGUUCCAAUCUCUUGGAGACAAGGAGAAGAUUGUUGUACAUAAGGAUAAGAGCCGAUAUGCUCUUCAGCAGAAGAGCCUAGUGUCCAAGUUUCUGUACCACAGCCUAGCAGUUACUGAACCAGGGUCACCACAAAAGGAAGAUCUGCAGCCUGCAGAUUCCAUGCCUGUUGCUGAGGUUUGGCCACCACUGCCUGAUCCUCAGUUUGAAGAACAACUCCCUGACCCAUUAUCAAAUCACAAAUUUACUCGCAAUGUUCUGUGGACAUUUGAGGACAUCCAGAUGCUUAUUGGUACUGACAUGCCAAUUUUUGGAGGAACAACUCAUCCUUGUAUAAGUCUCAGGCUGAGGGAUGCAUCCAAGCCCAUAAAUGUACUGACAGGUAUUGAUUAUUGGUUGGACAAUCUGAUGUGCAAUGUCCCUGAACUUGUAAUGUGUUAUCAUCUGGAUGGCAUUGUACAGAAAUAUGAACUGAUAAAAACAGAAGACCUUCCACACCUAGAAAAUUCCAAAUUUUCACCAAAAGUGAUUAGGGAUGUAGCACAAAAUAUCCUUUCAUUUCUAAAAUCAAAUGCAACAAAAGCUGGACACACAUACUGGCUGUUCAAAGGAAAGGAUGCUGACAUAGUAAAAUUAUAUGAUUUGACCUCAUUGUGUUCAGAGGUUACAGAUGAAAAAGGACAGAAUCCAUUUACCAUUCCUGUGGCUAUGUUGUUAUACAGAGUUGCAAGGAAUAUGAAACAUUCACCAGAUGGGCAGAGGCAACAAGGCACCAUUCGGAUGUUACUUAAGAAUUGCUUGUCACUGCUUCCAAAGGAGAAGUAUCCACAGAUAGUGACAUCGGCACAUUACAUGCUCUCCGACCUGUACAUUCCUGCCGACAUAGAUCCGGCAGCUCCUGGUCUGAGUGAACACCUUGCUGAUGAACGGACUUGCGACUCCGAAGAUGAGGAGGAAGACAGAGAUCAAGAUGCAGAGAAUGGUGAAGAUAGAAGUGAAACUCAUAACAGUGGCAGUCGCAGUGUAGCCGUGAAGUCUCUGUGCCUCACUACUGGCAGGAGAACAGGGAAUGAUGAGGGUGGUGGAGAGAGAGAUGGAACAUCGAAGUACAGUCCUCCCCCUCAAUCUUUGCCAGGAGGGCUAGAAGAGCGCUGCAAAUUUGCUCUUGUACAUGUCGCUGCAGGCCUUGAAUGCUUACCAUUUUUUAAUUGUGCAAGACAGACAAAAGAGAAGUCUCAAGAGCAGUCAGCUCAGGAUGAACAGCUAUCAGGAAAAGACUAUCAGACAGCAAAAGUAGAGGAGAAUGAAAAGCCAAAAAUGGCGAAACCAUUUGAGGCAAUUCCUAUGCCAUACUCACCACUUAAUAAAAAGGAUCAGUGUGUGCAUGACAGUUCAGCUGCUGCGCAGAGCCCACAGAAAAAGAGAAAGGAUUCAUUCCAAAACAAAAUUCCUGGUAUUCGAAGUUCAUCAAAGCACAAGGAUGAAGGGCAACAUCAGAAAUGUGAUGAAGAAGACCUGUCACCUAAGAGUUUGUUGUGCAGGCUUAAAGCUGAGACGAUGCCUACGUGGCAACAACCUGCGGCAACUGACAACACAUUUUGGAGAUCUCAUUUAAGGAUAUUGCUCUAUGAAAAGGCACGUCUUGUCUAUGCAACUUUGGCAGAAAAUGAAUAUUCUGCAGAGCGUUUUGGGAGUACAUUGCGUUACACUGCAGCAGUUUUAUGUUGUCAGAAUCUUCUGGAGAGGCUUACAGGCUCAUCUGCUUCACCAGGACUUGAGAGUUACCUCCUGGGUCGAGCUGGUGAUGCGUGCUUCCGCAUAGUACAGGACUGGGUCUGUGUAGAACGCCAUCGGCAAGACUUCUCACAACGUAUGGAAAUGGAUAAGAUUGUUCUUGGUGGAGAAAUGUACUUAGAAGAACUGAAGCCAUUGCCAAGUGAAAUUGUUAGUAUGGGGCAAAUGUUAGCAACUUCAUGUAAAUGCUAUCAAAGGGCCCUUGAGGUGCAAGUAUUCCAGCAGCAGAAACACAAUCUCAUGAGACGUCUUGGCAACGUCCAUAAUGAACUUGGCGUGCUGUAUAUGAACCAGGCUGCAUCAUUAUUCCAAGAACGACGGAAUACAGAUGAAUUUGAAGGUCUGCUGGCACAGUCGCAACAUCACCUGGGGCAGGGUGUACAGGCAUUUGAAGCCGUAAAUGAUGUUGCAAAUAUGGCUUUGUUGUUGUCUAAUACUGGACGUUUGAUGCGUACCUGUGCCCACCUGUACACACCUGAAAAUCGCACUACUCUGUCAAGUGAAGAGAGAUAUUACUACAAUAAGGCUAUGAGCUACUACCAGAGAGCUAUCCAUGCACUCGGUAACGCAAAAAAUAAUCCAAGUAUCUGGCACUCUGUUGUAUGGGAGAUGUCAACAACAGUAUUUACAAUGGCUUCUCUACUGCAGGACUACCCAGAGCUUGGUACAAAGACUCAAGAAGAAGUGGAAAGAGAAGUAGUGGAUUUCUUGCAAAAAGCACUAAAAUACUGUGAUCUUGAAACACCAGGUCCACGACAGCUUGUUUACCAGUUCCGCGCAGCAUCUAUUCACCACCGUCUUGCAUCAUUGUAUCAUAAAUCUCUCAGGUCACUUAGUGCAGAUGAUGCAAAGCGUAGAAAUGUAUUACAACUGUCAAGAAUGCAUUAUGAAAAGGCCAGUGCUCUGCUUCUGCAGCUCGAGCAUCCUUCAGAUUUCUUACGUGUGCAGCUGGAACGCAUUGCUCUUUGCGAAUUUUUAGCAGAAGGAACUCCUACUGUUGGUGGAAAAGUGAAACACUAUCAGACAGCAUUAGAACUUAUGCAGCAGUGUUUGCCAAUUCUAUUGAUAAUGACAGAAAGAAUGACCUCCUACAAAGGAGAAGUGAACAGCCAUUUAACAAUCAACAAUGCUGCAAAAACUGCAGCUGAAAAUGGCACCUGCGAAGAAAGUGUUCAGCGGCAGCAACAGAAAACAAAAACUCAUGUUGAUGAAAAAAAUGAAGAAAGAAACAAAGAAAGCCAUGAGGGAAUAAUUGUUGAAGAGGAGGACAGUGCUGAGAGGACUGAAGAACAGCAGCUGCUGAAGCUUUUGAAAGAGCGCCUUCAGUAUGUGUUACUCAAGCUCACUAAGAUAUACAUUUCAAAAACAAAAAAAGAGACAGAAGGUCAACAUGCAAAGCAGUGUAAAAAUUUGUACCGCCGAUCUCUGGAGGAUGGCACAGAUCUGUUAAGCGAACUAACGAGCAUUUUGACUGACAUUGGCUCAGGUCAGACUGCUGUGUAUGCAGCAGUGAGGUGAUAGUUGCUCUUUAUGGAACUCGUGGUUCAGGAAGUUGUGUUUCAGUUCUCAUAAUGUUGGACACAUGUGAUAGUUCUCGGACUGUUGUAGUGGACUGCAAGGCUUAGUGCCCUGAAAAAAUAUUGUGACUGUUCUAUAAUAAAGAAGUAUUUUCAUAACUCUUGUUGUGUAUAGUGAUUUUAUCUGUAGCAUGAGUGAGUUUUCUUUAUUGUUCUUACCAGUCAUUUGGUUCCUUGUAGUUUUAAUUUUUUCAUGCAUUUAUUUUUGGCCUUUAAAUAAAAUUUUGUUCUCAUGUAAGCUAUCACAGUAAAGUGUAAUUGAAGCACUGUAUACGGCCACAGAUGGCUUGUCUCUAAACAUUUUGUGAAUGUUGGAUAUAUGACAACAUAAAUGUUUCACUGUACUCCUUUGAUAUUGUUUCUAAAAUUUCCUGUAUUAUAUUUUGUAUAAUUACUUUCAGAAAUAUAUGAGUAUUGAUUUAA